AUGAUCUUAUUGCCUAUCUUUGCCGACAUGUCAUUCAUCCCUACGACACUGUACUAUGCCUCAGCAGCUAUUAAUGCUGUCUCGAUCCCAGGUCAUAUACUCUUUGGGAUCAGGGAGGUCGACCCUGCUAUUGCUUCCAUCCCCCCUAACGAGAAGCAUGCCCUCGGAAAAGCGACAGCAACAACCGCCUGGGAUAUGGUGAAUGCUCUGCUGGCCGCUUCAGCACUGCUCAACAUUCAAUGGUCGCGCGUCGGAGUUCGAACUUUGGAAGAGAAAGCCAUUAUCUGGAUCACCGUCUUGGCAGGCACUCUGACCGGCUGGAGAUAUUUCAAGGUCCGGUCUUACGCUGGACUUGGUUGCUUGUGGGUUGCACCUUGGCUCACUGCUGGAGCCAUGAUGUAUCAGAGGCUGGGUUUGGCAUGUUGA